AUGCCGAAAGCCGAAGCGGGAUCAUCGAAAGCAGUUGGAAAUGCCAUGAAGGCUAAAGGCCUCGGGAGAUUAAGAUGGUAUUGUCAAGUAUGUGAGAAGCAGUGCAGAGACGAGAACGGCUACAAGUGCCACACGCAAUCUGAGAGUCACCUGAGAGCGAUGCUUCACGUCGGCGAGAAUGCAGGCAAGUUUAUAUCCGACGCUUCCCAACAAUUCCAGCGUGAAUUCGUUAUUCUUCUUUCAAGAAGACACGGCACUAAUCGCGUUGCUGUCAACACCGUUUACCAGGAGUUCAUCGCCGAUAAGCACCACCUCCACAUGAACGCCACUCGCUGGGUAACGCUGACGGAAUUCACAAAGUACCUUGGCAGAGCUGGUAUUGUUCGUGUCGAUGAAACUGAACAGGGUUUGUACGUCAGCUGGAUCGAUAACUCCCCUCAAGCUCUCGCACGCCAGGAGGCAAGUCUUAAGAAGGACAGACAGCAUAUGGAUGAUGAGCAGCGUGAGCGUAAGAUGAUUGCUGAGCAAAUCGAAAGAGCAAAGCUUCAAGGUGACGGUGUUCCUAAAGAGCAUAAACCUAGUGUCCUCAACAAGGGUGACGCUCCUAUUAAACUCUCUUUGAAUUCAAACUCAUCUGGUCAGAGUAGUGCUCCUAAGAUUUCACUCAAGCCGACUGCUGCUGCUGCACCCGCAUCCACGCAGAAACCAGCUAACGUCUUCAAAGCUGCUAAACAAUCUAAAGCAACACCCGUUACACAGACUCCACACCAAACCAAACCAAAGUCGGCUAUGGAGUCGCUCAUGAUUGGUAACGAGGAACGCAAGAAGCGUCUAGCUGAGCGUGAGCAAGGCCAGAAUAAGAAGGUGAAGCUUUAG